AAAACAAGGUUUGUAGACUAUAGGGUUCUCUCAUCAAGAACAGACAAAGCUCACAAGAAUUUGAGUCCUAAAGAGACCACAAAAAAGUAAUUUUAAAGCCUGGAACUGGAGGAAGAUCAGAUAAGAUACUGCUCCAGAAAAGUCAGAAGUCAACUGAUCAAACUUGUGUAACAGCACUCUACUGUGUAGUGAGUCAUUUGCAUCAGAGGGAAAUUUACAUUUACAGAUUGACUCAGUGAACUGCAAACAGUCCACAGGGUUGAAAACCUCAACCUCAGUCCUAGAGAGAUGAAAUAUCCAGGUGUACAAUGACUCGUGAUGGUUUCCCUCUGCUGCUGCUCUUGCUGGUGUUCCUAUCCGUGUUUGAGGCAUCCCAUGGCUGCCUGCAGGAUUCCGUUUCAGCCUACAGAUUCACCGGAGCUGUCUGCCGGCUCACCUACCCUGCUGCAGUUGUGUUGAAUGAGAAAACCACCAAAGUGAUUGAGGCAGCAUUCCAGCAUGCAAGAUACCCAAGUGUGAAAAGAGAGAAAUCCCUGCUCUUUAUAGGCAGAGUCGUAUAUGGCCUGGACAAUUUGGAAAUUCACAAUCUGUCGAUUGGUCGAAGUGUGUUUGAGCUGCGUGCUGGUGAAGGCAUCGCCAUGGAAAUAAGCAAUGUGUCUGCAGUCUUCAAAGGGACCAUCCAGUAUGGAUAUGGCAGCUGGCUUGUCAACGUUGCACAUUCAAUUGACUUUGAGAUAGAGUCUGAGAUUGAUCUUGGAAUCAACCCCAAACUUUACUGCGGUGAGGAGAAGGUAGCAGCAGACACAUCAGACUGUUACCUGAACUUUCACAAGCUCCAUCUGCAUCUUCAGGGAGACAGAGAACCAAACUGGCUGAAGAAGCUCUUCACUGACUUCAUUACCUUCACUGUCAAACUGGUCAUCAAGGGGCAGAUUUGCAAGGAGAUCAACAAAGUGGCAAAUAUAUUGGCUGACUUCAUACAAGACACAGCAGAGGAGUUCCUCAGUGAUGGAGACAUCACUGUGGAUAUUGGUGUAACUGCAGCCCCUGUCAUUACUGCUAACUACAUAGAAUCAUACCACAAGGGGGUGACCAAAUACAACAAUACCUCUGCUGUCAUCAGUGACUCUGUUUUCCACCCCCGUCAGCUGACUGAAAACAAAAUGCUCUAUUUUUGGGUGUCAGACCAGGUCUUUAACCCCAUGAUUGCUGCUGCUCACCAAGAUGGCCACUUCCAACUGAACAUCUCUGGAGCAGAGCUGACUGAACUUUUCAAGACGAGUCUCUCCAGUGCCACGCCUGAAUUUAUUAGAGAGUGUCUGUUGGAAUCAGGUUCUCCAGAGCUGAGAGUUUGGAGUUCAUCUGUUCCCUUCCUGAACACUUCCACCUGGGGUACCACUGUGUGGGCGCAGGCCUCCGGGCAGCUCAACUGUGGAAGUCAAGGCACACCAACACUCUUGUUUCAAAUGGAUGUGGUCAUGGAUGUUACAGCUUCCUAUGCUGACAAGAAACUCUCCCUGAAGGGUAACCCAUCAGAGAUCUUCGUAUUGCAAGCUAAGCUGCUCUUACAAAAUCAACCGCUGGUAGAUGAGGAGCAACUGGGGUUCAUAAGAGAGGCUGUGGAGAAGAUAGGUAUUCCCAAGGUGUUGUCUGUUCUUGAGAUUGAGCUAACCAGACUGUUGGACAAACAAGGAACCAACUUAUUUGACAUCUUUAACCCUGAAGUGCUUCCUCAGGACGGCUUUGUGGUGAUUCAGAUGGAUUUUGGUUUCCCUCAUCACCUCCUGGUUGAGUUCCUAAAGAAGACACUACAGUAAUUGUGCAAUCCUUUAUGCAUCUUGGGCCAGGAAUGAUGACUUCCCUAGAAACUUCACUUCACUUCACAGUGAUUAUCAUCAUGUAUACAGUGUAGAAAAGAGGCCCCUUAAUGGCACAUUUACAUGUUUGUUUUGACAAAUAUUUUAUUUGGAUAAAACAAUUUCCCACAAAAAACUAUUUUUGUAAAAAUCUAGAUGUCUAGAUAACAGAGGUGACAACAGACAAACUUGUCAAUGAUCUCCUCAUUUCCACUGGUGACUGACUGUGAUAAGUGUAUUACACAACAUUUGGAAAGCAUGAUUCUGUAUAUUUGAAUGUGCUCACUUUAAAAUGUGUAAAAUCUGUUAUUCCCACACUUCAGUUAGCUUCUUUUUGGUAUGUUACAGUUGGUGCAGUGGCACAGUAGUUAUCACUCUCAGCUCACAGCAAGAAGGUUUGCCGGGUGGAGGUUUCUCUCUGGGGACUCUGGCUUCUUCUUGCCAUCUAAAGACAUGCCACUUAGGUUAAUUGGUGACUCUAAAUUACCUGUAGGUGUAAAUGUAAGUUUGAAUGGUUGUUUGUUUAUAUAUGUUGGCCCUGUGAUGGACUGGCAAUUUGUCCAGGUUGUACCCUGCCUCUCGCCCAAUGUCGGCUGGGAUAGGCUCCAGCCCCCCCAUGACCCUCCAAAAAUAAGUGGUAUAGAUCAUGGGUGGAUGGUAUAUGUUAAGACAGAAUGAGCUAAGCAGUUUUACUCACCUUGUUCAAUACACAGUAGUCACUAGAUCAGAUCACCAGAGCAUGAUGGGUUUUUUUUUCUUUUGAAGGCCAGGGAGUGGGUGUUAAAUAGUGAGUAAAAGUCCCAGUCUCAUUCUCCCAUAUGAUGAAAGCUAUGUAUGCAGUAUGUGGAAAUUCCUCAUUUGUGGAGAAUAUGCUCCAGAAUGCUCCAAAAUGAAAUCCUGCAAUAAGUAGUUCAAAGAUGAUCUGGAACAUUGCUACAUAAAGCUUUCUCUAAUCAUGAUUAAAAUUGUGCAGAUUGUCUGUAUGGACUUUUUAUGGGCUCAAGAAUUUGCUAACUGCAGCUAGACUGUGAAACCAGUUUAAUUUAUUUACACAUGUACCAAGAUAAUGCAUGGAAGAGUGAAACGCUCUCCUUUUUAAAUAAUAAAAUAAUUUCAACAGCUUCCA